AUGGCGACUACCGGAGUUGGGUUUCGUUGGUUAGAUAUUUUAGAAAAGGAAUUCGACAAAGCAUGUGUGGAACUAGACACUUCUUUGUUGGAUUUGGAAUCCGAAGAAACAGAUACAGUGUUUGGAGCGCGGCAAAAGAUCGCUACACUCAGCUCUUGUUUUGCACAACUCACACACAAGGCUCUCACUAUUUUCCAGAAUAGCGCAAAGCUUGAGGCGGAACUCGUAGACAUGAGGGCGGAAUUGGUACAAGCAAGAGCCGCGUGUGCUGCUUGUAUGUUCGCAGGUGGUAUGCAGGACUCUGGUGAUGCUGCGGGCAACGUGACGGAUGUUGCCCGAGCUCGCUCCGAAGCCGCUCAGCUAGCUAGAGAAAACGCCGCGCUCAGGGAAACCGUCCUCGCCCUGCACUCGGAACUCUUUGGUGCUAGACUAGCCACGAAGUACCUAGACAAAGAAUUGGCAGGUCGGAUACAGCAGCUACAGCUCUUAGGACGGGACAUGCGAGCAGAGCUCAGGGAUUCGCUUUGGGCACAGGUGGAAGCAGAAAUUCUUCUGCAGAGGCACAAGACUUUAGUGCGUGUAUGUCGUGGUCUCUCACCACGACCAUCGCGUCCUCCGCAGGCACCUGGUGGACGAGAUACACGCUCUAGACCCCGUACGGUGCGAGUACGACGCUCACCACAUCUAGGACUGGGCAUUUCCGUUACGGGUGGUCGUGAACACGGGGUGCCAAUCCUAAUCUCGGAGUUGGAGGCGGGUGGUCCCGCAGCUUUGACCGGUGAGCUUUACGUCGGCGACGCUAUACUCGCUAUCAACGAUGUCGACCUCACACAGGCAUGCCACAAGGAAGCGGUGCAGGCUUUACAAAGCGUCAAAGGUGACUGCGCUCUCUGCGUGCAAUUUAUUGCGACUGAUGAUGACGAUGACCGCCUAUCGGAAGAUAAUUAUAGAUUUCCAUUGUAUCCCGAAGACGGCGAGGUAUUUAGUGGAGAACCUGACGGCUCUGGCGCAACGCCCACGGCUCCGAGGACUCCCGAUUACAAUAGAAGAGAAUCGGACGUAGGUUCGGGUAGCGAAUGUGAGUCUCCUCGCUACGGGGAUCCUUACCUAACGACCGCUUCCGCAAACGCCGCACCGGCCGCACCCCCCGCAGCUCCCUACCCCGAUUACAACUCUAUCAAUAAUAACCUCUCCAUACUCGAUAUGGACGACGACACUAUUAAAAUUGAGACGCGCUUAGAGGUGGUGCAGCUGGAGUCGCCGCAGGGCUCCCCGGCGGUGGGACGGCGGCUCCGCGGCGCGUACCGUGGCCUGCCCGACGACUCAUCCGCCGACUCGCCGCACUCGACGCCCGUGCACGCACGCAAGGCGCCGGCGAAGAAGAAGCGCAAGCCUCUGGACUGGCGCUCCAAGGGCGCCUACCGCCCCGUCGCUAACGACGCGCUCUCCUCAGACGAACCCCCCGUCACCGACGCCCUCCAAGACUAUUUGCCCGCCGACAUGAUAUGCCACGCGACCACAGUCCAAGAGGCACCUCUAGUCCCGCUUCCGCCCCCGCAGGAGGUGCCGAUCCCUCCCCUCAUCCUGCAGUCUCUUGAUAAGAACAAACCCAACGGCGACGACAAGAUCUUAACGCGGAAAGAGACCAAAGGAUUUCGGAUAGGAUCCGCGCGACGGGUGACUGAGCAACACGCGUCACUCACGAACGGAGACGUGGAGAAGUCCAAAUUCCCGGUGUGCCUACUAACCGGAGAGGGUGACCCCGACUUCGGCACCCCCGUCUGAACCGAUACUGCCACUAAUUUAUAUACGAGAGUGAUAUAUCAACUGAUAGUCGCCUCAAAUUUUCAGUGUGAAGCUACGAUUAUAGAACGGCUUAAAAGUGCUAGCUACCGUUAUUAUUCUUAUUAAACAAAAGCUUAGUUUUAAUUUUGCCUUACUUUUUAACGUUGGACUUCACUUUUUGCAGUAUUUCUUUUAUGAAAUUAACACUACGUAAAUUCGAAUUAAUUGAUCUCAUUAGAAAUUCAAUCCUACACGGGA